AUGCUGCUUCUAGCCAUUGCCAACGCAUUCUGCGCGCUUGAGGCUGGCGCGACACACAUUGACACGUCGGUGCUUGGUAUCGGCGAGCGUGUGGGCAUCACCCCUCUCGGAGGACCCGUCCCCGAAUACGUGCGAUCGAAAUACAACCUUCCCAUGCUCCGCGAGAUUAAGAACCUUGUUGCUGCAGCCGUCGAAGUCUCUGUCGCCUUCUGCAACCCCAUCACCGGGUACUGCGCUUUCACCCACAAGGCUGGUAUCCACGCCAAGGCGAUCCUGAACAACCCGUCUACGUACGAGAUCCUCAAGCCCGAAGACUUCGGCCUGACGCGGUACGUCUCCAUCGGCCAUCGUUUGACCGGAUGGAACGCUGUCAAGAGCCGAGUAGAGCAGUUGAAGCUCAACCUCACGGACGACGAGAUCAAGGGUGUACCUGGCUGCUCGCGAAGUUACUAAGGCCGAGCAUGCUAUCCAAGAUCUGCGGCAGCGAACGGGGAGGGAAGCGAUCUUCCUAAAGCUAGCUUACCGACUUGGUUUCGGUCCGAAAGUCGGCAGAAGACCUCUUAGCGAAGGAACCGUUUAUGCAUGUUCUCGUUAACAACGCCGGCGUUACGACACCGCCGAUCAAGAAGAUCACAGGUCAAGGCUAUGACCUGCAGUUCGGAACAAACGUGCUCGGACACUACUUUUUGACUCGGUUCCUGUUCUCAUACAGACAUACCAGCAAACCGGUAGACCGAGUCGAAUGAUCGUCACAUGUUCCUCUGUUGAGAAGUUCUUUUCUGGGCCUAUCAACUAUGACUCACAAAUGGUCCGGCGCGUGUGAAAUUU